CAAAGAAAACAAGCACUUUGGAAUGUGUCUCACUAGCCAAUAAAAUGGAGAGAGGAAAAUUCCUCCAUCUAGAAAGACUCACAGAGAAGGCUUCGUUCUGUCCCAGACCAAGUUAGUUCCCUCGGUAGUAUCUGGGCUGGGGCCAGAGAUCCAUACAGCAGACUCCGUGGUAGGACAGCCACUACUUUUCCAGCCCUGUCCCAGAUGUUGGGGUACACUUAUUCAUCAAGGAGCUGAGCCCAGCCCUGGAUUGUCUGGGGUCAGGAUGUCUUCAUGGCGACAUUCAAGACUGGUGACUUUCAUCAUGCUUAAGUUUUACUGAGUGUGAAAGUGGGCUUCAUGCCAGUACAGCAAUAGAGCAGCCCCGAUGGGAAGCCAGUUGGAGAAAAGUCAGCCCCCACUCCAGCCAUGAAGGAAGAUCGGCCUUGUGAGGCCGGCCCUACUGUGGGCCGCAGCACAUGCCUGUAGGUGAAAGUGGGUACCUGACGUGCUGGGUGCCCUAUCUCAUUCUCCAUGAAUAAUAUAGAAAGUUCUGAGGGGCAGGAGCUGCAAAAUCUGGGAAGCGGAGCCUGGGACAACCCUGCCUACAGUGGUCCUUCUACCCCCCAUGGGACACUGAGGAUCUGCACCAUCUCCAGUGCCGUGCCCCCCAAGCCCGAACCCAAGAAGCCUGAAGAUGGACCCCAGGGGAAGGCUCACGGGAUCCUGGUGUCCAGCUGCUGCCUCCAGAUUAGUCGAAGCAUCAGAGGACUUUGGGGAACAACCCUGACUGAGGACACUGCUGAGAACCGGGAACUUUAUAUCAAGACCACCCUGCGGGAGCUUUUGGUGUACAUCGUGUUCCUGGUGGACAUCUGUCUCUUGACCUAUGGAAUGACAAGCUCCAGUGCCUAUUACUACACCAAAGUGAUGUCUGAGCUCUUCUUACAUACCCCGUCAGACACCGGAGUCUCCUUCCAGGCCAUCAGCAGCAUGGUGGACUUCUGGGAUUUUGCCCAGGGCCCAUUACUGGACAGUUUGUAUUGGACCAAAUGGUACAACAACCAGAGCCUGGGCCGUGGCUCCCACUCCUUCAUCUACUAUGAGAACCUGCUUCUGGGGGUUCCGAGGCUGCGGCAGCUGAGGGUCCGCAAUGACUCCUGUGUGGUGCACGAGGACUUCCGCGAGGACAUUUUGAGCUGCUAUGACAUCUACUCUCCGGACAAGGAAGAGCAGCUCCCCUUUGGGCCCCUCAAUGGCACUGCGUGGACAUACCACUCCCAGGAUGAGCUGGGGGGCUCCUCUCACUGGGGUCAGCUCACAAGCUACAGUGGAGGUGGCUACUACCUGGACCUUCCGGGAUCCCGGCAGGGCAGUGCAGAAGCACUCCGGGACCUUCAGGAGGGCCUGUGGCUAGACAGGGGCACUCGGGUGGUCUUCAUCGACUUCUCAGUCUACAAUGCCAACAUCAAUCUUUUCUGUGUUCUGAGGUGGGUCCUCUUUCCCUACGGCAUCCCUCCAUCCGUGGUUCCUGGUUCCUUUUUCCUCUGCUUGAGACCCUUCCCUAAACAUACCCUGUGGUGGGGAUGGGGGUGGGGAGGGGAGGAACUGUCCCAGCCCAGCCCAGCGCCCCCGGACCUCUCCCCCUCCUCCCACAGACUGGUGGUGGAGUUUCCAGCUACCGGAGGUGCCAUCCCAUCCUGGCAAAUCCGCACGGUUAAGCUGAUUCGCUACGUCAGCAGCUGGGACUUCUUUAUCGUUGGCUGUGAGAUCAUCUUCUGCAUCUUCAUCUUCUACUAUGUGGUGGAGGAGAUCCUGGAGCUGCACAUCCAUCGGCUUAGCUACCUCAGCAGCAUCUGGAAUAUUCUGGACCUGGUGGUCAUCUUGCUCUCCAUUGUGGCUGUGGGCUUCCACAUAUUCCGAACUCUCGAGGUGAAUCGGCUGAUGGGGAAGCUCCUGCAGCAGCCAAACAUGUACGCUGACUUCGAGUUCCUCGCCUUCUGGCAGACACAGUACAACAACAUGAACGCUGUCAACCUCUUCUUUGCCUGGAUCAAGAUAUUCAAGUACAUCAGCUUCAACAAAACCAUGACCCAGCUCUCCUCCACGCUGGCCCGCUGCGCCAAGGACAUCCUGGGCUUCGCCGUCAUGUUCUUCAUCGUUUUUUUCGCCUACGCCCAGCUCGGCUACCUGCUGUUCGGGACCCAAGUGGAAAACUUUAGCACUUUCAUCAAGUGCAUUUUCACUCAGUUCCGGAUCAUCCUUGGGGACUUUGAUUACAAUGCUAUUGACAAUGCCAACCGCAUCCUGGGACCUGCCUACUUUGUCACCUACGUCUUCUUCGUCUUCUUUGUGCUACUGAACAUGUUCCUGGCCAUCAUCAAUGACACAUAUUCAGAGGUCAAGGAAGAGUUGGCUGGACAGAAGGAUGAGCUGCAGCUUUCUGACCUCCUGAAACAAAGCUAUAACAAGACCCUACUGAGGCUGCGUCUGAGGAAGGAGCAGGUUUCGGAUGUGCAGAAGGUCCUACAGGGUGGGGAGCAGGAGAUCCAGUUCCAGGAUUUCACCAACACCUUGAAGGAACUGGGGCAUGCAGAGCAUGAGAUCACUGAGCUCACAGCUGCCUUCACCAAGUUUGACCAAGAUGGGAAUCGCGUCCUGGAUGAGAAGGAGCAGGAACAAAUGCGACAGGACCUGGAGGAGGAGCGGGUGGCCCUCAACACUGAGAUUGAGAACUUGGGUCGGUCUGUUGUGAGGAAUCCACCAGGCGAGUCGCAUCCAGAGGCUGCCAGAGCCAGUGGCUGGGUUUCAGGAGAAGAAUUCUACACGCUCACAAAGAGAGUUCUGCAGCUGGAGACCGUCCUAGAAGGAGUCAUGUCCCAGGUUGAUGCUGUGGGCUCAAAGCUAAAGAUGCUGGAGAGGAAGGGGCGGCUGGCUCCCUCCCCAGGCAUGGGGCAUCAAGGCAUUUGGGAGCACCUACAGCCAGCUUCAGCUGUGACUCCCGUCCCCUGGGGAGUCCAGGGUGGGCCAGAGAGUGGUGGGGGAGGGGUCCUAAAGCACCAGACAGCAGAUGCCUCUCUCACUACCUCCCCAGAGGCCCUCUCUGCACAUGCGCUCCACUUCUAGGGCAGUAGUUCCCACCACCACUGCUGCUGCCAAGUCCCACCCUGUUUGGCCUUUUGAGCCAAUAUUUCUGUAGGUAGCUGGGCAUCAUGCUUGGGCUUGUAACUCAGUGUUACUGUGUGCAGCUAUGUAGCCGUGCAGCUCUGUGAAAUAACAUUUCCCACUGGGCCUCUCACUACCUGUGCUCUAAUCUCUACUUGCAGUAAUUAAAAAAAAAAAAAAAAGUCAAUAACAAACAGAAUAAAGGAAGGGAGGGUAAUGACUUUCUCUAAGCACCUGGAUAGCCAUGAUUUGUGAAAAAAGUGGAAGCCAAGAGAGUAGUGAUAUUGAGAUGUCUUCCUACUUUCCCGUGAAUUCUAUCCUUUGUGCA